GUGAGUGAGUGAGAGAGAGAGAGAGAGAGAGAGCGAGCGCUCGCGAUGGAAGACGCGCGCGUACAUGUCGGAACAGGAGCAGAGCAGCAGUCCGCGUGAGGGGGGGCGAAAGAAAAUAAACAUAAGGGAGGAGUAAGUAAGUAAGUAAAUAAAUAAAUAAAUACCCGUGAAAGCAAACACGUUCAGAUUAAAGCAUGCGGAUAGAGAGAAGCAGGUCACCUUGAGGAAUUGUACUUUAUUAAAAGAGCAAGGAAGAAGAAUAAGAAGGAGAAGAAGAGUGAGGCGGUUCCGCUGGUCCGCGGCGCACCGGCUGCUGAGGCGCUCGCGCUGCACGCAGGCAUGUCGGCAUGGCGUGCACCAGGAGAACCAAAACUUUAGUGUCGACGUGUGUGAUCCUCAGCGGCAUGACCAACAUUGUGUGCCUGCUCUACGUCGGAUGGGUCACUAACUACAUCGCCAGUGUGUAUAUUAAAGUCCCGGUGCCCGUCCCAGCCAGGAAGUUGGAGGGCGACAAGAAGGGCGAAACUCUGCGGAUUAUAGAGAGACUCGACCGGCUGGAAAACGUCGUGAACCAGCACAUACAAGAAACCCCGCUGAGAUCAGACAGUAAUCAGGAGGACCGAUCGUUCUCGGACUCCUCCCUCUUCAGCCACUGGGGUCAGGAUCUGAACUCCGAGAGUCGCCGGGUCGCCCUCAAGAUGUUCCAGUACUACGGUUACAACGGCUACCUCAGUGACCGCCUGCCCAUGGACCGAGCCAUCCCCGACUACAGACCUGAAGGGUGCAAGAACACGUCGUACCCCUCGGACCUGCCGCAGGUCAGCAUCGUGUUCAUCUUCGUGAACGAGGCGCUGUCCGUCAUCCUGCGCUCCAUCCAGUCGGCCAUAAACAAAACCCCCGGCCACCUCCUUAAAGAGAUCGUACUGGUGGACGAUAACAGCAGCAGCGACGACUUGAAGGAGAAGCUGCAGGACUUUGUAGAAGAGACGAACGCUAAACGUCCAGGCUUUAUAAAGAUGGUGCGGCACCACAAGCAGGAGGGUCUGAUCCGGUCCCGUGUGAGCGGCUGGAGGGUCGCGACCGCCCCCGUGGUGGCGCUGUUCGACGCCCACGUGGAGUUUAACACCGGCUGGGCCGAGCCGAUUCUCCAGCGGAUCCAGGAGGACCGGACGCGGAUCAUCUCCCCGUCGUUCGACAACAUCAAAUACGACACUUUCGAGGUGGAGGAGUAUCCGCUGUCCGCUCAGGGCUUUGACUGGGAACUGUGGUGUCGCUAUCUGAACCCCCCCAAGUCCUGGUGGAAUCUGAACAACACCACGUCUCCAAUCAGGAGUCCGGCUCUGAUCGGCUGCUUCGUCGUAGACAGGAAGUACUUCGAGGAAAUCGGACUGCUGGACGAAGGCUUGGAAAUCUAUGGGGGCGAGAAUGUGGAGCUGGGUGUCAGGGUGUGGCAGUGUGGUGGCAGCGUGGAGGUUCUGCCCUGUGCCCGUAUCGCCCACAUCGAGCGCGCCCACAAGCCAUACACCGAGGACCUGACCGCGCACGUGCGCCGUAACGCCCUGAGAGUAGCCGAGGUGUGGAUGGACGAGUUUAAGAGCCACGUCUACAUGGCCUGGAACGUUCCGCAGGAAGACUCCGGCAUAGACAUUGGCGAUAUCUCUGCGAGGAAAGCCCUGAGGAAAAGGCUGCAGUGUAAGACGUUCAGGUGGUACCUGGUGAACAUCUACCCCGAGAUGAGGAUGUACUCGGACACCAUCGCUUACGGAGUGCUGAGGAACUCUCUGAAGAGCGAGCUGUGUCUGGAUCAGGGGCCAGACACCGACAACGUCCCCAUCCUGUACCUCUGCCACGGGAUGACUCCUCAGAACGUGUACUACAGCAGCACACAGCAGUUCCACGUGGGGGUGCUCAGCCCCACCAUCGACGACGACGACAACAAGUGCCUGGUGGACGUGAACGGGCGGCCGAGGCUGAUCGAGUGCAGCUACGCCGCGGCCAAGCGCAUGAAGCUCCACUGGCUUUUCACUCAGAGAGGCUCCAUACAGAACAGGAAGUCAAAGCGAUGCCUCGAACUUGUGGAGAGCAACGAAAGCGAGUUUGGCUUCGAGCUCACCGUCCAGAAAUGCAGCGGACAGAAAUGGACUAUCACCAACCUGCUGCCUGGAAGCGCCUUGUAACGGGACGUGGAGAGAGUCGAGGACACUGGACACCUCAGAGCAGCCUGGAUAAUGAUGAGGAGACCACGAUGCACCUGGAUGUCUCUGUUUGAAGUUGACAUCAUAUGAUAAAUGUUAAACAUUUUUAUCCCUAGUUACUGUACGUGCGCAUACGGAUCAGCCACGUCUGGCAGCGUGGCCAGUGGAAUACUGGUACAUUUAUCUAAUAUUUUCCUACCGUAAGAUUAUUGUAUACCAAAUAUGAUAUAGCUAAGCCUAUUUCUAGAUGUUUUCACUCAUUGCAAGCUUUAUACCAAUUAUUAUUAUUAUUAUUAUUAUUAUUAUUAUCCGAGCUAUUUAGCAAUUAUUUAUCAAAAAUCCGCGAUCCGUAUUAAAUCCGCGAUUCCGAUCCAAUUCGAUUCGAAGAAUUUAUAUAACACUGAGCUGCUAUUCCUCUUUAUUCGCCGGUGACCAAUGAGCAUAGAGAGGUUGUACCACAUGACCUCAUACAUGAAAAAGAGAUGCAGUCAGAUUCUCAAACUGAUCUGUGUGAAUAAUAUAAUAAGCUAGCUAGGUGAUUUCCCCCAUAACUCUGAAAUCAAAAUGGACGUUUCGGGGCUUUCCGUACGAAUAGUUCAGCUUUGAGGUUAUAUAUAAGCUAGCGUGCUCCGAAUCAACGGCAAAAUCCACGUUUAGGAGAUAGACGCGUUCAAAACACAAACCCUUUCUCUACAACCAAUAGGGAUCAAGAAUUUCGAUGACAUCAUUCUGCACUUCAGCUUCUCGUCAGAUUUGAGAAUCUGAUGAGAAUCAGCCCCCCCCCCCAACCCCCCCCCCCCCCCCCCCCCCCCCCCCCGCCAUUGUUGACCAAUCGGCUAUUUUAAAAAGUGGGAGGGGCUACUCGAUACGUCCCGCCCCGACCAACCGUUUCAGCGGAAUGACGUCAUCACUUCGAGUAACGCUCUCCGCAUUUCAAGGCACUUCACGGGGACCUUAAAACGUUCCCUCUGUACAUCAUCAUCCACAAUUUAACACUUCCCCAGAUUCUGAAGAAAGGACACUGAAUCGAAUCGUAUCGCAUCGUAUCAGAUCCAGUGCCGUCGUCAGAUAUCGAAUCGCCAAGAUGGUAUCGUGCGGAAGCUUGACGUUUACGCCGCUAUGAUAUAAGCAGUCAUUGAUAUCACCGCUUUAACCGCGGUUCAACUUUGGGAGGAUGCGUUCUCCUCUUACACACUGUACUGUACAUCAAUACCAUCUUAUCAGUGAUUUUUGCUCAGGAUUUCAGCAUCCGCUGUACGGAUGUCAUCCGCUAGGGAAACGGAGCUACAACUGUCACGUACGAAUGUAUUAAAUAUACAUAUUGUUCUUUUGUUUUUUUUCAAAAAAAAAAAAUCAUGUCUAGAAAUAGGCUUGUAUUGUAUAUUAUAUUUGUUCUUUUAGGAAGAAAAAUAUCGGAUAAAUCUGCCUUUAUUACAGAUACGAUAUUCUGCCGUGGAGCCUCCACACCGUUCUACUUGGUAUCAUUUGGAUUUGUGUUGACUCGGAGGUUUUACCGAACUCACCGCAGAGAUUUUUUUUUUCCGUUGUUGUCGUUAACGCAUCCGGUCCGUAUUUGCUACCGUGUAGCAGGCUUUGGCAACCUUUCUUGCUGUAUUUCUUUCCUUCUAGUGUCUCAGGUUCGUAGGUCGAGAUUAUUUUGGAAUCGAGCUGUACAAUUUGGGGACAUGCCAAUACGUUGGAAUGUGUCCGGAUACAAAUCGACUAUUUUAUAUCUUCAUGUAAAUCUCAGUAUUUAUAUUAUAUGGAAUUAAAAAAAAGAACAGAUGGCGAGUCAAAGCACGGCUUGUUUAUUUGGUCCGAGCGUGAUGUUCAAAUCUCGCCGUGAUUAAAACACUCCCGACGGUAAUUAACAGCCGAGUAACACGUCGACGCUGGCGGGUGUGCCAGCGUGUUUACGUGUCGAGUUCUCCGAGUGUCCUGUUAUCCGGCAAGGUUCGAUGCUAAUCGGAGGUGUGCUGACGUGUUUAUAGAUCAGGAUACACACAUCUUAUACCACUGAUAGGAUGAUAUCAGGAAGUUAAGAACGCUUACUUAUCCGAAAACAACUCUUUUCCUCAGAGUGGAUGUAUUAGCUAGGUUAGUGCGUGGUACAAACCUAGCAGCGUUUUUUGAUCGUUAUUUUCUUCAGAUUUUCCUCAAAUUUUCCUAUUAAAUUACAAAGUAGAGAUGUUACAAGGGAAAAAUUAAGCUCGGAAGGCUGUAGCAGAGAUCAUCGGACCAAGUCAGGACCUGCUGUUUUGGAGACGCUCCGUCCCAGUCGUCUAGCCAUCAUAACGCUUGUCCACAACAACUUUGAGAACGAACCGUUCACUUGCUGCCUAAUAAAUGUAUCCCACCCCUUGAGAGGUGCCACUGUGA